UAAAAUGUUAUAGAAUUUUGACCUCGCCUUUCUCCUCAGAUUCUACCUCUCAUCUCGCCUUCUCUCUUUCGAUCAGGAAACCCAAAUUCCCAAUACUACACCAUGACUCUUGGCUCUGGAGAAUCCAGCGUCGUGGUUCCUAGAAAUUUCAGAUUGUUGGAGGAACUUGAGCGUGGAGAAAAGGGAAUUGGUGAUGGUACUGUAAGCUAUGGAAUGGAUGACGGAGAUGAUAUCUAUAUGCGCUCAUGGACUGGCACCAUCAUAGGUCCCCACAAUUCUGUGCAUGACGGACGCAUAUAUCAGCUGAAGUUAUUUUGUGACAAAGAUUAUCCAGAGAAGCCUCCCAGUGUCCGUUUCCAUUCCAGGAUUAACAUGACUUGUGUGAACCAUGAUACUGGAGUGGUGGAACCAAAAAAAUUUGGGCUUCUAGCAAAUUGGCAGAGAGAGUACACAAUGGAAGACAUAUUGACACAGCUGAAGAAAGAGAUGGCUGCUCCCCACAACCGUAAGCUCGUUCAGCCUCCUGAAGGAACCUAUUUCUAGUGUAAGAUAUGAAGGUCCUAUUUGACCAUAUUCUAAUUGAUAGUUAUCCCAUUGUCUUAAGAUGGUAGUUGUAUGGAGCAAUGCCUGAAAAGCCUUCUCAUAUCUACUAUCCUGGAUUCGAAUAUUUUACCCUACUUUAUACUCUUUCUGAACAUGUUGGGAUAGUCAGUAAUGAGACUUUUUUUUGUGUGAGAAAAUCAAUGAACAUCAUACUAUCAUAA